AGCGGCGCAACUCAACAACAGGAAUCGUAUAAAUCGAAGUUGCAUUCUUCAGUUUAAUCGCACCAUAAUCUAAUGAUCUAAUCUACCACGAAAAUACCCCAGUUUCAUACUCCCUGAAAUUGGUUGCAAAAUGCCUUUCAAAAAGAAGACAAAGGUAUCGCCCGAGCCUGAGGUCGACGAAGAGUCCAAUGAGUCGGCUCCAAAAGCCGGGGCUAACAGAGGGAUUUCCAAACUAGACUUGGUUAUGAGAAUGGUUGCGGCAAUUGGCACCCUUGGGAGUGCUCUUGCCGUGGGAACGGCCAACGGGUCUGGCCCGUUUUUCGCAGGGUUCUUUCGUUUUGGGGCGGGAUAUGAUGAUCUUCCUACAUUCACGUUUCUGGUGGUUACCAAUGCAAUAGUAUGCGGCUACCUGGUUCUUUCUCUCGUACUGUCCAUCUUCCAUAUUCUGAAGAGUUCUGCCCGAGUAACUAGAGUGAUUUUGAUCAUUUUGGACACGGUGAUGGUGGCAUAUCUGACGGGUGGAGCUUCCUCAGCAGCCGCCAUGGUGCAUUUGGCCCACAAGGGCAAUGGUGGGGCCAUCUGUCAGCAGCACAACUCCUUCUGCGACAGAGUUGCGGGGGCUUUGGUUGGUUCCUUCAUUGGAGUUGUCGUGCUCCUGCUCUUGAUUUCCAUGUCCGCCGUUGCUCUCUCUCGCCAUUAGUUCAAUUAUUCGUGUGGCACCAACCGACGGAUUCUCAUGGCUCAAAAAUCCGACCUGCUGCAGUGCUGGGGGUGACUUUUUCUGGGUCAUCCCUAAAUAUUGAGUGCUUAGAUUGAUUUUUUUUUUUUAAUUUUUCAUCAUUUUGUUUAUCUACUUUGAUUGUGUAUUUGUCAAAUUAGGAUCCAAUAAAUUGUUGAGUAUCAGUAUAUCAUAUUAUUUCAGGCUAAUUAAAGAGCCUGGCUGCAAAA